AAACCUCCGCGGUAAGUGAGUUGAUACUGCUGGAGCCCCGUGAUGUGGUUUGGUGUGGGGGAGGAUAGCAGCUACCAGCCAGAUAAACACUCAGCAUUGGUUUGCACAGCAGGAGUAACAUGGCGGCACAGUUAGCCAGCAGAAAUGUUGUUUCACUACCGCGAAGGUCAGAGCUGCGUCUUUUAAACGGAAUUUAACCGCGAGGACACAGCCAAAAGUAUUAAAUCCAGGGAGAAGUGGAUGAUGCUUAAAGGUUUCCUAGCAUAACCAUCUUGAGCAAUGGCCUGAGGGACUCUCUGGACUAAAACCAAGACGCUGAUAUGCAUUGAGGAUGAGUGGAGUCAAUGAAAACUCAUCUGACCCUGCCAGGGCAGAGUCACGGAAACGCAAAGAAUGUUCUGCCGAACUUCUAGGACCCAGUCCAAAGCGGAGCAACGAGAAGCGCAACCGCGAGCACGAGAACAAAUACAUUGAAGAGCUCGCAGAGCUGAUCUUCGCCAACUUCAACGACAUCGACAACUUCAAUGUCAAGCCUGACAAAUGUGCAAUCCUGAAGGAAACUGUGAAACAGAUCAGACAAAUAAAGGAGCAAGAAAAAGCUGCAGCAGCAAAUGAGGAGGAGGUACAGAAGGCUGACGUCUCAUCAACAGGCCAAAGUGUGAUUGAUAAAGAUGCCUUGGGACCAAUGAUGCUGGAGGCCCUGGACGGCUUCUUCUUUGUGGUGAACAUGGAAGGGAACAUUGUUUUCGUGUCUGAGAAUGUGACCCAGUACCUGCGCUACAACCAGGAGGAGCUGAUGAACACCAGUGUCUACAGCGUGCUGCAUGUCGGGGAUCACGCUGAGUUCAUCAAGAACCUGCUGCCCAAAUCCCUUGUGAAUGGCGUCCCAUGGUCCAGCGAGGGUCCGAGGAGGAACAGUCACACAUUCAACUGCCGAAUGCUGGUCAACCCCCACAGCGAGAGCCAGGACGAGCCACACGAGCAUGAACCUCAGCAGCAGAAAUACGAAACCAUGCAGUGUUUCGCCGUUUCGGAGCCCAAGUCCAUCAAGGAGGAAGGAGACGACUUUCAGUCGUGCCUGAUCUGUGUGGCUCGCAGGGUGCCCAUGAAGGAAAGACCCAUGCUUCCCACACAUGAGAGCUUCACCACGCGCCAGGACCUGCAAGGUAAGAUAACGUCCCUGGAUACCAGUCUCCUGCGGGCAUCCAUGAAGCCGGGCUGGGAGGAUCUGGUGAGGCGCUGCAUCCAGAGGUUCCACCUACAGAAUGACGGAGAGAUGUCUUUUGCCAAGAGACAUCAGCAGGAAGUGCUCCGCCAUGGCCAGGCAUUCAGCCCCAUCUACCGUUUCUCCCUCUCUGAUGGAACCAUUGUGUCAGCCCACACCAAGAGUAAACUGGUGCGCUCGCCCGCCACCAACGAACCCCAGCUUUACAUGUCCCUGCACAUUCUUCAGAGGGAGCAGACAGUAUGUGGAAUGGGCCAGGACAUGGGUCCUGGCAGUCAGGCCACAGGGAUGGCUCCCAAACCCAUGAACUCCUCCACUCCCUCUAUGACUCCUCCAACCCCAGGCAGUUUGCCAGGUUCAGGGCCUCAGGGCCAAGACACUACCAUCAGCAGCAACAGUACGCCUUUUUCCCCUCCAGGCCCUGCUGGCCCCAGAGAGCCAGCAGCCAUGGGGGGCCAUGUGCAGGGCUAUCGUUUUGGCUGUCCCCCACCACAUAACCACACUGGGGGCAUGCAACCGCCACAGCAGGGCCCCAACUGGAGAAUGAAUAGCCCCUCUCGUGCUAGCCCCAGCCCAGCCGGUGGGCCCCAUCCACCUCAACAGAACUCUAUGCUGUCGCCCAGGCACCGAGGUAGUCCUGGGGGGGCGGGCAGCCCUCGUGUAGCAGGAGGCCUGCAUUCACCCUCCCCAGUGGGGAUCUGUGGUGGCGGGCCUGGAGGUGCAGGUAGUAGUAGCACGACUAGCACCCAUGCUAACAGCUACACUAGCAGUUCUUUGUCAGCUCUGCAGGCCCUUAGCGAGUGCCAUGGUGUAGGACAUGGGCAUGGAGCCCCUCACGCACACACACUGGGGUCUCCAGACCGGAAGAUAGGCUCCCCAGCUGGGAUCACACCAGGGUCGGGGGUAAACACUCAUUUAAUGUCAAAACUUGGAGGAGGCAAUGGUGCUACUGGUGGCACAGGAGACUCAUUUGGACCUCACACAGAGGGCGGUCAGGGGCACCCCCAGGGCCAGACAGAGAGCAACCUAGCUGAGCCCAAGGAGGAGAGGGAAGGGCCUUCUGAGGGCCACGACACUCACAACCGUCUUCAUGACAACAAGGGCCACACCAAGCUACUGCAGCUGCUCACCACCAAGCCAGAACCUCUGGAGACACCCCUGUCCCCUAGCGUAGGAGGUGAGGGCAAGGACCAGGCUGGGACAGGGGUCCGGGGUGGCCACACUGGAGGGAACACUCAUGGCACAUCCCUUAAAGAAAAACACAAGAUCCUCCACCAACUGCUUCAGAACAGUGCGUCUCCUGUAGACCUGGCCAAACUCACUGCAGAGGCCACAGGCAAAGAGCUGGGUCAAGACCAAACCCAGGGUGCUGGUAGUACAGCUUCCGGGGGAGAAAUUGCUCCCAAGCAGGAGCCCUUGAGCCCCAAGAAGAAAGACAAUGCCCUGCUACGCUACCUACUGGAUAAGGAUGAUACUGUACUUAAGGACAAGGUCCCUAAGCUGGAGCCUGGGGAGGUGAAGGUCGAAGGGGGCAAACACCCCCUUGUCAAGGCGGAGAAACAAGACACAGGAUACGACCGGGCUGAACAGUCGUCGGAGCUGGAUGACAUCCUGAACGACCUGCAGAAUGCUCAGCCGCAGCUCUUCUGUGAGCCGCGGCCUGUUUCGUUGCCCAGUCCCAUGGACAAACAGAACAUCAUUAAUGACAUCCUGCAGAUGUCCGAGACCAAUCCUGCCAUGGCAGCACAGCAGCAACAUAGGGGCAUCGGGACUGGCAUGGGCCCAACGAACUUUGGAGGUGUCCGACCGGGCCAGCCAGGCAGGGGUCUGCCUGUGAGGAGCAUGUCUCUGGACAUGAAUGUGCCCCCCCAGAAUCCCUCAUUACAGUACCCCAUAAGGGCCACUAGCCCAUACACUCUCAUACAGCAGCAACAGCAGCAAGGCAUGGUGGGAAGUCACGGCAUGAUGGCUAAUCAGUCCGGUAUGGUCAACCCAGGACUGAUGGCUCCAGGUGGUCCACGGCCAGCCAUGCAGCAGCAGGAGGGCUGGGUGGGUUCAGCCUCUGCCCCUCCUCUGGGUGCGCCCGGCCCUGGGCAGCAAGGUGCCAUGCAGGGCAGGAUGGUGCCGAACAGUGCUCCCAUGAGGCCCAACAGCCAGCCAGGGCCCCGACAGAUGCUCCAGUCUCCAAUGAUGGCCAAUGCCCAACCUGAUAUGGAUAUUGGUAUGGCCGGCCACCAUUUCUCCCAACAACAGGCUCCACCCAACCAGACAGCCCCCUGGCCAGACAGCAUGAUGCCCAUUGACCAGACAGCUUUUGUAAACCAGACCAGGCCGGUGCACUCAGCACCCCAGGAUGAUUUGCUGUGUAGUACAGGGCUCAUCUCUGGUGAUGGCAGUGGAGUAGACGAGGGGGCCCUGAUGUCCCAGCUGUACACCGCACUAAAAGAUUUUGAUGGCCUGGAGGAGAUUGAUCGUGCUCUGGGGAUCCCUGCUCUGGUAGAACAGAGCCAAACACUGGAGCCAGACCAGUUCCCCCAGGACUCUGCCAUGAUGUUAGACCAAAAGCCCCCCAUGUACACCCAGCAAUUUGGUCCCCCACCAUCCCACAUGGCCCAAAGGGGAUACCCUGGUGCCCCCAUACAAGAGCAAGGCUUCCACCCCAUGUCUGGCCAGAUGGGUCCACGGCCGGGUUACCCAAUGAUGAGGAUGCAAGCCCGGCCCGGACUCAGGCCUGCCGGGGUUGUCCCCAACCAGCCCAACACACUACGACUGCAACUCCAGCACCGGCUACAGUCACAGCAGAACCGUCAGCCAAUGAUGACUCAGAUGAGUAGUGUGUCAAAUGUGAACCUACCUCUUAGAUCCAAUGCUCCAAACCAGGGGACCAUCAAUGCUCAGAUGUUGGCACAGCGUCAGCGGGAGCUGCUGAGUAAUCACCUGAGACAGAGGCAGCAGCAGCAGCAGCAGCAGCAGCAGCAGGCCCAGCAGGUCCAGCAGCAAAGGAGCAUGGCAAUGAGGGCCCAGGGCCUCAACCUGCCUCCCAACAUGGCCGCCGGAGGCAUGAGUAAUCCCCGGAUCCCCCAGGCCAACCCCCAGCAGUUCCCCUACCCGCCCAGCUACGGUAUGAGCCAACAGGCAGACGGAGGCUUUGGAGGUCCCGGCACACCACAGAGCCCCCUGCUUUCUCCCCGCGUGGCCCACACACAGUCCCCAAUGAUGCAGCAGGGCCAAGGAAACGCUGCUUUCCAGGGCUCCCCUGACAUGAACGGCUGGCCACAAGGCAACAUGGGAGGCAACAGUAUGUUCUCACAGCAGCAGGCAUCACCGCAGUUCACCCAGCAGAAUAACAGUAACAUGUACAACGGCAAUGGCAUGAACCUCAACAAUGUCCCCAUGGCCACCAACAUGGCAACCAGCAGCAUGGCCCAGAUGGCCGGACAGAUGAGUGUCACGUCCAUGGCCUCAGGGCCCUCACCCAGCUUGCCCUCAAUGGGGCAAGAACAGAAGUACUGUUGACCCUCAUGGAGUUCUUAACCUGAACCUCAGUGAUCAGCUGGUGCAAUGAGCACGUCGGCCCUUUUAAAAAUUGUACAAACAUGUAACCAGCCGACUGCCCCUUGAACCAGCCAGGCCGUGCCCUGAGCCCAUCUCCCCAGCCCAAGAUUGCAGUCUGUCCCAGCUGGGUCUCUUCCGCAGCCCCGGAGGAGCCUGGCCCUGAACAGACACAGGAGUGUGAAGAGGGCUGGGGAAGGAUUGUGGAUCUCUGUCCAACAUGCCUAACCCUCCUGGAGGAGAGCCUUGUGAUGAGCCAGUCUGUCUGCCUGUCCAGCUGCAUUCACCGUAGUGUGACUUAGUGUAGGCCUCCUGGUGGGGGACACUGACCUAAGGGGGCAGCAGUGGGUGGGAUCCCUUGUUCUGAUGAAUGUAUUCCUCUCAGUGGACAGCGGCCAUUUACAAUCUCAUCUCAAAAAUGACGUACACUGAUUUUUCUUUUAUGUCCUACCUUUCUCACACAUUUGUGACAUUUCCACAAAGACUCCCAAGUUAUGUUCAAAUUUAUGGAUGGAGCUCAAACACUUAGCCGGUUUUGCCUUUUUGCUGUUCUUUAUUUUAUUAUUUUAGUUGUUGUUGUUUUUUCUUGUUGUGAGAAUUAAGAUGUAGAAUGAAGAUAUGGUUGAAAAAACUGAUCUUGAAAAACACUGCAGAAGAAUGGUUUGAGUGGAAUGAUGCUUUGUAUGAUUAGACUAAUUUAGUCAAGAGGUUUAUAUAGUGUAUUAAAUUAAGUUUUAUUUUUCUGUAUAGAUUCAUUUUAAUUAUUGUAGAUGAUUCUUUAUCCUAGUAGCGACAAGAAAAAAUAUUUCUAAAAGUGUAAAAGAGGCACUUUUUUAUAAUUAUAACAGUAAUGGUUGUAUUCUUUCUGAGAAGAUUCUUCUAUUAACCUGAAUAAUGGAUUAUACUUUGGUCCUGUAGUUUCAGAAGAAGGUUUAAAAAUGAAUUACAGAGAUUGUACAUAACAAUAAGUAAAAUGUUUUCUUUCCUAUUUAUUUUAUUCCUUAGGGUUUGGAUCCCCCGUCUGGUCACAUCUGCCUCUUAAAGCAGAGCGGGUUUUUGUUUUGUUUUUUGUUUUUCUGUUUUGUUUUUGGGAAGUGGAGUGGGAGCUUUCACGUUCUGGUACGAUGCAGACGGGUGGGGGUGGGAUACAAGGGUUGUAAGGGGGUGUGCUGUGUAUACAGUGUACAGAUUAUCGCUUGCUUCUCUGCCUUUAGCAUAGAACACCACAAAAAAAGGAAGGAAAAAAAAACGACAACUUCAACACAGCCAUACAAUAACUCAAAAAAAUAACAGAAGUGUGCUUUCUAUGUUGUCUGGAGUGAAAAAUGCUUCGUACAAGCUGCUAGGUGCAAACUGUUCUGGUGUGAUGUAAACAAGCAAUAACGAUUACUUGAGAAUUUCUUGGGGUUUAUUUGUGUUUUUGUUUUUGUAAUUUUUGUACAGUUUCCUGAAUAAAAAGGAUACAUUUUUGCUCCAUGUUUGGAUGCAGUAUUAAACACAGUUUUUUAUUGCAGUUUGUACCAAGAAAGUCUACAUCCACACACAGCGUUCCUAUUAGAUUAUGCAGCAUUGGCUGAGGCCUGGAGAGGGGAAGUAGUUUGUGAUCCCCUUGUUGACACACGCCCUCUCUGCCUCCAGCCACUCUUCUAUAGCAGAGGUCAGAGUUAAGACUGAACGGUUCAUGAGACCUGCUCUGACAGACACUUAGCCAUAUUUUAUGACCUCAGGCAGUUAGUUCAACUAUAAAGUGUUCAGUAAUGACAUGCUAUUCUUGUGCCCCAGUAGGGGUUUGGUUUGACCGUCACAAGAUCUAAAGCAAGUCAUCUUCUCUAACCUCAAAAGUACAUUUUCCUCAAAAAACAAAACUUUUUAUAUCAACUAUUUUAACCCAGGACAUACUUGGAGCAAGCCAAAUAAUCCUCACCUUUCAAUUGGAUUUCUGAAUUCUACCAGCUUUUAUUUUCCUAGUGAGAGACGACCUGUUGGUUAGCAUGCUGUGAGGCUCACAGAAAACAAGAAAUUUAUGAUGAUGUCACUUAACAGGGUCUAAUGUAGAUGUUGCAGCAUAAAACAUGAAGAGAAUCAUUCUGAAUGUAUCGUCAUGUAAAGGCCUAAGGAUGUGACUGAUGGUGUUUAUUGUCAACAUGUUGACAUGGUGGUGUACAGUUACAUCAUGCUCUUAUCAGCAUUUAGAUAGGAAGUUGCCCAUUGUUGCUUUUUUUUCUCUUUUUUUUUAUUAAGUUCUAUAUGAAAUUUGAAGCUGUAGCAAGUCAACUUUGGACAAAGGAAGUCUGCAUUAAUGUUUUGGUUGUCAUCAUUGCAGAUGUCCUGCAGUUGUUUUGCUGUAGGCCUACAGGAGGUCACACUUUUUUGAUCAAUGCGGUUUUGAUUGUAUCAUACAGUCGUGCAGAACAAGCCUUUUUGAGCCAUUUUGAAGAGUGAUUCACAGCCCUUUGCAAAUUUCCAAAGAUUGUCAAGAUUUUGAAAAGAUAUAAAGCCAUGUGGUAGCAAUGCAUUUUUUUAGCAUUUAUAAUGAGGACAGGUGCAAAUAAAUGAUUUUGCCCCUUACAAACAUCCAGGCUUCUAACCCACUAAACGAAAAUAUUUUUUGUCUUUAACUUAUGGUUUUGAAGAACUUUAAAUGCCCUUUUGUAUUGUCUGCCAAUUUCUUAGAGCUAAGAUGCAACCUUGAAAUGCUAAAAACCCUAGCAUAAUGCCUUAGAUUUCGUCCGUUCUCGUUCUUGUACAUUACACCGCUGUCUGUAUAAAUUUGUAUAAUGACUUGUGUACAAUAUUGAAUGGGUGCAUCAUUGUUCAACUCCUCGCAGUUGCUGGAGACUCGGUCACAGUUGAACUGUCCCUCAUCAUUGCUCUCUGUUCUGUGUUGGGUUGAAGACUCUGUUAUUUCAUUUCCCCCCUCACUGUUUGUAUGGAAAAGAUGAUACAUAGGGAUAUUGAAGCAAUAUGUAAUAUAGGCCUAUUAUAUGGACUUUCUGAGGAAAGCUUACUGUUGUAUUUUCCCGAGAUAUUUUUUUUCUGCAUUGUUCACAGGAAUCACACUGUAUACCCGCAUCCAUCUUUGUUUCCUAGUGUGUGUGAGCGUUUUAUGCAAAAUUAGAUAUACAAGAGAAGUUAAAACCACAGUUAUGCAAGUUGUGAACUAAUAUGGCUUCGCUGAUGCUAUUUGCCUUGUAAAUAAAGAAUUCUGUUAUUGCAGUA